AAUGGAAUGUGGGGCGCCUUACCAGGUAGCUACGGUCACGUUGCGGUCAGCAUCUGAAGUUGCAUCUUCAGAUCGAGGCACAUUUGUCAGUCUCUCACUCCGUACGGCGCCCGGUCGAUCGCUGUCUGUCUAAGGCUCCUCGAAAGUAUAUCUGUGGGAGCUGCAAAGGUGGGCAUUGUCUCUAUGUCACCAACGGUGACGCUCACAAACCCUUGUGCCUGAUAGCUCAAUUCCUGCAGCAUGGACGACGGUCGAGCCUCUGGAUAUGUGCUCUACUACAAUCAGUACUCAGUCUGUUCAUUGAUGGUGUUGUAUAGUCUGGCCCUGAAAGGAGAACGCAAUGACUCCGAAGAUGAGAUCAAAGUGCAGACCAGGGUUGUUGACAUCUUCCACGAAGAACAACUAGAGGAACAUUUCCUCUGCGAUAUCAACCACCAUGGUCAGGUUCCCGUGCUGGCACACAGAAGUGAGCUGGAUAGACCCAUCGCCGACAGUGUAGAGAUGACACUUUGGUUGGCAGCACGAUACCCGCAGCUGAUACCUGCCGUGCACGAGGGCGAGAUCCGCCAAUAUUUGAAGGAUCUUCAUGCGCUGAACUAUUUCUCCUUAUCAUUUCCUGGACGGCCUGAGGUCGCUCAAGGGUUUGAGGAUGGGGUGAAUCGGCGCCUGGAUGACCCUAAUAUCUCCGACCGAUAUCGAAAAGCGCUGGAAUUCAAACUCGCAGUGAUAAAGCGGGACAAGACAGGUGGGCUGGUGCCCUCCGAGACCGCCAAAAAUGAAAAGCAUGCUCGAGAAUUACUUGCAUCCUUGGAGAAUUGUCUUGGCCGACCUGAUCAGUGGAUAUAUGGAUCACAGCCAACUGCGCUCGAUGCGCAUCUGGUUGUGUUCAUGGCACGCAUGAGCGACGUAGGUCGCGACCAAUUAAUUCCAGAAAAGCUCAAACAGUACGGGGCGUGGGCCAUGCAAAGCCCAGAAUGGAUCAAAAUGAUGGACGGGAGAAAGACUAUGAUCCCUCAUUAGAAGAGAGCUUUUCUGCGGCAAGCACAUUUUGCGGUACAACAA